GAGCUCAGUCUACAGCAGUGAGGCUGGGGAUACGUCUAUUCGGCCCUCAAGCUUCUGCAGUUCCGAUGCAAAGCCAUUCAGGUCGAGCAACUACUGCAAGCGGGAGUGCAUCUCCGUGCACGUGGGCCAAGCAGGAGUGCAGAUGUCCACGGCAUGCUGGCAGCUCUACUGCAUGGAACACAACAUCGGCCCUGACGGGGAGUGCGUGGACCCCAGCGUGGACAGGAGCGGGUGCGAAGCGUUCUUCAACGAGACGGAGAACAACAAAUUUGUGCCGAGAGCGGUGCUGGUGGACCUGGAGCCCACGGUGAUCGACGAGGUGAGGACGGGAGAGCUGAAGCAGUUGUACCAUCCCGAGCAGAUGCUGACUGGACACGAAGACGCUGCUAACAACUACGCUCGUGGCUACAACACCGUGGGCAAAGCUAUGCUAGAGCCGGUGAUGCACAGGAUUCGUCGCAUGACCGACAGUUGUGACGGUCUCCAGGGCUUCUUUGUCUUCCACUCGCUGGGCGGCGGUACAGGCUCGGGGUUCACCGCCCGUCUCCUGCAGAGCCUCCACGAAGAGUUCCCAAGAAAGAGUAAACUCGAGUUCCUGGUCUACCCUUCCCCCAAGGUAUCCAGCGCAGUGGUCGAGCCCUACAACUCGAUUCUGACAACUCACGCAUGUAUGGACUUCACGGACUGUGCCUUCAUGGUGGACAACGAGGCUCUUUACGAUCUGUGCAAGAAGCAGUUGGACAUUGAACGACCCUGCUAUGAGAAUCUGAACCGUAUCAUUGGACAAGUCGUGUCCUCUGUAACCGCAUCACUGAGGUUCGACGGAGCGUUGAACGUCGACAUGAACGAGUUCCAGACAAACCUGGUGCCGUAUCCUCGUCUCCACUUCCCGCUGACUUCCUUCGCCCCGCUGCUCUCCCGCUCCAGAUCCUUCCACGAGCACAUAAGCGUGUUCGACAUCACCUCCAGCUGCUUUGACCCCGCCAACCAGCUAGUCCGCUGCGACCUGCGCAAGGGCAAGUACAUGGCCUGCUGUCUCCUGUACCGCGGGGAUGUCGCUCCGAAGGACGUCAACACUUCCAUAGCCAGCGUCAAGUCCAAGAAGUCCAUAAAUUUUGUCGAUUGGUGCCCAACAGGCUUUAAGGUGGGCAUUAACUACCAGACUCCCAGCAUGCCGCAUAACGGCGACAUGGCGGCCGUGAAGCGAGCAGUCUGCAUGCUGUCCAACACGACCGCCAUCGCCGAAGCAUGGGUCAAGCUGGACCACAAGUUCGACCUGAUGUUCGCGAAGCGCGCCUUCGUCCACUGGUACGAGAAGGAGACCCUGGAGGAGCAAGAGUUCAUGGAGGCCAGGAAUGACCUUGCGGUCCUAGAACUUGACUAUAUAGAGGUCAACAAGACUUAUGACGGCGAACAAGAGAUGUGACCCCACAAUGAAGUGUCCUCAGCGUUUUAUCUGUCAUUCUGAUUAUAUGUAACCACAAGUUGUGUUAAGUAAAGAUCUAUAUGUUUUAGAA